AUGAGCAAAACAGGGCUGAACUGCACCAGAGUGCUGCUCUCGUCGCUGAGACCGCAGCCCGCGCGCGCCUACACCACCUCGCAGCAUAGCCCUCGCGCCAGCGUCUCCGCCGGCCCGGUAGCAACCAAAAGCGACAUCGAGUACUGCCGGCAGCUAGUGCAGCGCAGCGACUACGACAACUACCUUGUCUCACUGUUCUCUCCGCGCCUCGCGCGCGAAGCAGCGUGGGCGAUCCGGGCGCUGAACAUCGAGCUAGUGCACAUCGGGCAGGCGGCCACAAACCCAACAGCAGCGCAGAUGCGGUAUGCGUUCUGGCACGGCGCCAUCAACGACAUCUACAAGGGCCAGCCGGCACACAUGCCUGUAGCACGCGCUGUUCACGAUGCCGUGCAUCGGUUCGGAAUCUCCAAGACGUGGAUUAGGAGACUGGUUAGCGAGCGCGAGAAGCGGCUGGAUAAUGGCGGGUUCGAGGCGAUUGCGGAUGUGGAAAAGUAUGGCGAGAAGGCGUUUGCGUGCUUGAUCCACCCGCACUUGGAGGCUCUGGGCGUGCGCGACAUGCAUGCGGACAACGCUGCCCGGGCGAUUGGGCAGGCAACAGCCAUUGCUGGGUUUGCAAGAGCGCUGCCUAUGUCGCUAAGAGAGAGGAGGUGUGAUUUGCCACGCGAGCUGCUGGCGAAGCACAAGGUGGAUCUGGAUGAUUUGUUUGAGAACCCACGGCCAACAGUGGAGCUGCAGGAGGCUGUGUUUGAGUUUGCUACUAAAGGGUAUACGAGGCUGUGUGGUGUGGCAGAGCUGUAUACGCCGAAUAGCCCUAAGGAAGGGUUCCCGGCGCUGCUGACAGCGGUUCCUGUCAAGGACUGGCUGGAGCGACUGGAGAAAGCAGAUUUCAACGUUUUUGACCCGCGGUUGCAGCAGCGGACACUGAAGCUGCUGUGGCACCUGUGGCAGGCAAACCGCAAGGGAACAUGGAUCAGCCAGACAAACAUCAAGCAUUGA